AAAACAAACAAAAAAAAAAUUUGUUCCACAGAACAGAAGCUCUGAAAAUCAACCAAAUUGACUUCUUGCGAAUGCUUCAAGUGCCGCUCGAUUUUGACGCUGCCGCCGAUUUCAUCAGAGCGGCUGGGGAAGCCACUUGGAAAUUCGACGGAAGAAAAUCCUACCGAUCAUAGAUUUAUAGAACCCAGAUGGCCGCGGCGCCCCACAACUUCUUCCCGCCGGCGUCUCUCACUACUAGCGGACGGCCGGUCCUCCUUCCCGGUGAGGUUGAAUGCCAGCUUCUUUCAGGGGUCGACCUCGAAUCUGAAGACAACGCUAGCGGUAGUAACUCUUCCGGUUCUUACGAUUUCUCUCCUUUGAAAUCGGGCGUACUCAUCCUUACAACCCACCGCCUACUCUGGCUGUCCUCCGAUUCCAGCAAUACAACGGCAAUCGCCAUUGCUCUGGGAUCAAUCACCCACAUUUUCUCAGCGAAGAAGUCGAUCAAGGCCAUGUUCCACUCUCCGAGGUUCAGGUUCCAGGUCUCCGUGAACUCCAAGAGUGCCGUUGUUACGGUGGUCGUCAGAGGCAAAGGGGAUUGGGAAGCAUUCUUUGCUAAACUGUGGGAGAGUUGGAGGGCGAGAGCUUGGGAAACUUCUGAUACGGUUUCAAAGGAAUCUGGUGGUUCCGCGAGCAGCAGCAGCAGCUUGGUUCCUGCUCCAAGUUCAAGCUCUGGUGGGUUAUACUCGAGUGAUGGAUCGGUGAGGAUGGUUGGAGUGGCUGGAAUAUUGAGGAAGGAGCAAGAAAUGUGGGAGAAUACAGAUAAGAGCUUGCAGGAUGCUUUUCAGGACUUGAAUGCUCUCAUGAGUAAGGCUAAAGAGAUGAUGACACUAGCAGAGAAAAUGAGGCAAAAGCUUUUGUCUGGUUCAAAUUCUCAAACUAGUUCAGGCAAUGAUGAUGAAAUGGGCUCCAAAGAGAUGCAAGACUGGUUGUUAAGUGUCGGCAUCAUAUCCCCUGUUACAAAAGAAUCCGCAGGUGCCCUGUAUCAUCAGCAAUUGUCUCGUCAGUUGGCAGAUUUUGUGAGAGUUCCUCUUGAAAGAGCUGGAGGGAUGAUCAACCUGAUAGACAUUUACUGUCUCUUCAAUCGUGCUCGGGGCACAGAGUUGAUCUCGCCUGAAGAUUUGUUACAAGCCUGCUCUCUUUGGGAGAAGUUUGAUGUGUAUACCAGUCAUGCUUCGGAAAUUUGAUAGUGGUGUGAUGGUCAUCCAGAACAAGGCCCAUAGUGAUGAAGAGGUGUUUGCUCGAAUCAAAGCUCUUGUGACAAAGCCAGAUGCUUUUACAUCUGGGAUAAGUGCUAGUGAUGCUGCAAUGACCUUGGGUAUUGCUCCAGCAAUGGCCAAAGAGCAUCUUCUGUCUGCCGAGAGCAAAGGUUUGCUGUGCAGGGAUAUCAGCCCUGAUGGCUUUCGCUUUUAUGUCAACUUCUUUUCUGAGAUUGAUCCAAGCAACCUGUACCUGGUAAAAGACCAUAGUCUCUAUUCCGUGUGGAUCAAAGCUACAGCUGCUUCUUAGAGAUUCAUUUCUUCGUUGGUAGAAGGAGGAUCCAUUAGUCAGACUCCCAUCAUUGAUCGACAAUGAUUUCUUGUCCAUGUUCCCUUCUGUGAGCAUAAAUGGCAGCAGAGAUGAGAAUGCACAGAAGAGAACUGGAGGAAGAAUCAACAUGUGUAUUGUCCAAUGCCAACCAAGUUUUAUAGAGAUAGUGUGGCAUGUUUCUGCUCCUGUAAACUCUUUUUAAUAUGUUUGAAACAGUCAUGCACCACUUCUCUAACUUUGAUGGGGUGAUGGGUAGCAGUUGUAGGCUGCAUUGCUCUAUCUGUUUGCUGUAAUCAUACUAUUUUAUGGUUUCUGGAAGGAUCGAACAAAUUUUGGUACAACAUCAACCAAUCACAUUGCCUAGUUACGCUGAAAUAGAACUUAUUUACAAAAGUUCUCCGUAUCGAGCAUGUAAUUCAUAAUCGAUACAUGUCUAUAUCAAGGAGGGAACUCUUGUUCUAGCAUACUAUGUUGUCUCUGAUAUAUGCAAUGUCAUUCAACUUCAAUCGCUGCAAUCUCAUACUUCACUUCUUCAAUAUGUUCAUUAAUGGAAGUCACUGCGUCCUGCACACCUCGAAUGGCUUCAUUGAGGGCAUUGUCGUACUCAGCAUUUGCUUCUGCUUCUUCAGUCCCGUCACUCUCUGUUAUUUCAUGCACGUGCACGCACUGGUGUUCCAUGGGCUUCGGAAAACUGCAAUUUGCAUGGCUCACCAGUCGCUCGGAUGGCCGCCCAGCUUUCUUCAACAACUGAAUCGUUGCAGUCAGUUGCAAUUUCAGCUUCUCCUGAGUUUGAACAGCUCUGAGCAAUUGUGCUAGAUCGGACCGGCUGCAAUCAGGGUCUAGAAAUAGGGCCUCGAUUUCACGGACUUGUUUUGAGCAGUCGUUGAACUCUGUUGUGAUCUCAGUGCAAAGUUUUUGGUAAGCCAGCUCCCCUCCCGAAGCCAGAUAUUCAGUAAAACCUCUGGCAACGCAUACCAGCAAAAAGAGUCAGCUAAGAAACAUCAAUGGUUUGUUUCAUUAUCUAGUAUAAGUAUAUCAUCAUCAUUCCCUGCAACAAUAUUCUAAGCAAGACCACAAUCAAGCCCACACAAAAGGAAACGAUUCUAAAUAGUAAAUAUACCACUGUGACGGAAUUCGUUCAGUUUUCAGGCCCACCUCUGAAUACUAGAGUUACCAAGUUUCGAAGAAAUUAAUCUGGAGAGCUGUAACACUCCCCAAUACAUCCUAGUAAAUUCAAUAGGCAGGUAAAGAGGAGGUUUCAUGCUCCCAAGUCCGGGGAAAAGCACGCCCUCGAGAAGUUAGCGAGACAUCCAUCCAAAAACAACGAUCUCGCUAGCUUCAUGCUCGUAACAUUCUAUCAGCAUGGACGUUAUUAGCAAGAAUUCCAGACAAAGUGGACAGAAGUUAAAAUCUGUUCCAGGUAACUAUUUUGUAAUUCCAUUUUAAUUAAUUCGGUCAUAUAGUUCACCAAUCUGAACAUAGUAACCAAUUUAUUAGUUCAAUCAGAUGGCAUGGUUUACUAGAGUGUACAUGUAUCCUCCUAAAACAAACCAAAGCCAUUAAUCGGUGCUUCUUGUUUCCUCCUGGCUAUGUGCCUCUGGUUCAUUCAUUAUGGAGGUGAUUAUGUACUCAAAAACGAAUUCAUCUCAAUCCACGAUACCUCCCAAUCCGUCUGCAGCUAUGACCAGAAGCACAAAACAUCAAAGUGUUUUCAGCCCAAGCAGUCAUCAUCAGAUCCCAUAACAUUAAUUUACUUACUAGGGAACCCUGCCUCAAAUAAGUAACAUCAGAAACAACCUUGACCCUAAUUCCUUGACACUACCCAGCAAAACCCUAAUACAUGAACUAAAGGGCACCAUCCAUAUACCGAGUAUUCUAUAGACCAAUCAACCCGGAGAUCCACCCAUAAAAGUUGAAAGAGACAGAUGAAAAGGGUUCGUUCACUUCACUUUCUCAGGAACCCAACAAGGUGCGCAGUCAGGGAAAUAGAAACGAAGAACAAGCAAACGAUCGGAAAGAUUGGCGAAAGUACCGUUUGAGGGUGGCAUAAGCUUGGGCUCUACGUUGCUGGAUUUGAAGGAAUCUGCGGAGCAAGAGUAGGGUUUGCGAGGAAUUGGAGCUCUUAGUCACACCAUCCGUUUCCAUUGAAUCAUCAGCCAGUGACACCUUCCGCUCGAAAUCUUCCAUCUUCCUCGCCCAGUUUUCUCCCUUCCCUUUCUUCUGCGGCCUGUCCCGUUUCAAUUUUUCUAUUUUUGUAUCG